CACCCGGGGCCGUGAGGGCGGCAGAGGCGGCCGCGGGCCCCGCCGGCUCUGCGCCCUCAGCGCCGUCCGUCCCCCCGCUCCCGAGGAAGGAAGAAGAAUGUCCCAGAAACAGCUGAAAGAAGCUUUUGUCAGCAACCUGAACGGAACGAGUUUGCUGGAAAUUUCCGCAGGCUUGUCCCUGCCUCCGCUGUGCCUGCUCUGCAGAGGGCUCCUCCUGAUCCUGUACUACCUGCACCAUGGAAAACCCGUGAGCUCAAGGCAGUACAGCCUGCUGCUAGACUUCUUGGUGCUGGUGUCUCCUCUCCUCUUCUCCUGCACUGUCUUGUCUCCAGUCAUCUUUUUCAUACCAGUUAUCCUCGCUGCCUUCUGUGCCGGAAUAUUUUCCAAAAUAUACAGCCAGAGAAAACGGGAGGCUAGAGUGCCCUUUGGGCAAAUUGUAAAAGAAUUCCAGAAGACGUGCUUGGAGCCCGAGUGCAUUCCAGCAAUAACUGUGUUCCGUGUUUAUGUCAACGUGCUGACAUCCAUCAGCAUUUUGGCCGUGGAUUUCCCGCAGUAUCCCCGGCGAUACGCCAAGGCCGAGACCUACGGCACCGGAGCCAUGGAUUUGGGGGUGGGAGCCUUCAUCUUUGGAAAUGCUCUCGUUUGCCCUGAGGUUCGGCAGAAGUCUCACACGACACAGCCCAGAUUCUCCAGCCUGGCCAGGCAGGUGUUUUCCGUGUGGCCGCUGAUUUCCCUCGGCGUUGGGCGGCUGCUGAGUGUUAAAUCCAUCGAGUACCACGAGCACACCUCGGAGUACGGGGUGCACUGGAACUUCUUCUUUACCUUGGCACUGGUGAGACUUGCAGCAUCUCUGCUUUUAGCCAUAUUCCCCAAACGUAAGGCUUGGCUGGUGGCUCUAGCUGUGGCCGUGCUUUACCAGCUCCUCCUCAGCACUACCUCUCUGAAGUCCUUCAUCCUGCACGGGAGCGACGGCAGGGGCUCCCGGCUCGGCUUCCUCGACGCCAACCGGGAAGGGCUGCUCUCCCUCUUUGGCUACCUGGCCAUCUACCUGGUGAGCGUGCAGGUGGGGCUGUGGCUGCUGCAGCGCCGGAGCUCGGUGAGGGGCUGGCUGGAAGCCCUCGGGGGGCUGGCCCUGGCCGUCCUGGUGCUGUCGCUGUUGCUGCAGCUGUGCCAGGCGCGCACGGAGCCCGUGUCCCGCCGCCUGGCCAACCUGCCCUUCUGCGCCUGGGUGCUCGCCCACUGCCUGCUGCUGCUGGGCUUUUUUGUGCUCACUGACCUCACCCUGGUGUUCACAAAGCUGCUGGUCAAGGGGUCCAGCGUGCCCUGCUGCUGGGGGGUUGUGCAGCCCCCUGAUUCCGGGAAAAAGCGCGGAAUGGAGGCCGUGCCGGUGGGAAGGCAGGACAAGCUGUCACAGCUAUGCCUCAUUAGUGCUAUUAACAAAAACCAAUUACUGUUUUUCUUGCUAGCGAAUGUUAUGACUGGUGCUGUGAACAUCCUGAUAGACACAAUCCACAGCAAGGCUGCCUUUACAUUAUGCAUACUGCACUUGUACAUGUUUUUUAACUGUUUAAUUAUGUAUAUAUUGCAUGCCAGAAAUAUAGUAUUAAAGUUUUGGUGAUUCCACUUUG